AUGUUCAGGAAAGCCAAACCGGCUAUACAGAUAGAGCAUCGCUCCGCAGAAGAGAAGGCUCUGGUCAGAAGACUAGACAUGUUUCUCCUGACUUUUGGCUGUAUCAGUCAAGUCAUCAAAUAUCUAGAUCAACAGAACAUCAAUAAUGCUUAUGUCUCCGGCAUGAAAGAGGAUCUAAACCUUUACGGCAAUGAACUCAACUACUUCACCACAUAUUUCAACAUCGCCUAUUGUCUCAUGCUCAUUCCAUCACAAGCGAUCAUGACUUAUGUCCGACCCAGCUACUGGCUCACUGGUCUUGAGAUCACUUGGGGUGUCAUCACGGGUUUGAUGGCUUUGGCGAAGAACGCGAAGCAUGUAUAUGUUCUGCGAGUGUUUUUGGGGUUGUGUGAGAGUAGUGCAUGGCCUGGAAUGAUGACUCUGCUCAUGCAUUGGUAUACGCCCAUGGAGCUGGCCAAGAGAAUGGGCUUUUAUCAGUCUUGUCAAACAUUAGGAUAUAUGAUGUCCGGUGCUCUGCAAGCUGCCAUUAUUGCAACGCUUGAGGGCAAGGGGCUUUCAGGUUGGCGAUGGUUGUUCGUUAUCAACGCAAUCAUGACCGUGGUCUGGGGUGUCUUGGGCUUUUUCAUGCUGCCCGACGUACCAAACAAUCCCAAUCCUAGAGCAUUCUGGUUCAAGAAGGUUGAUGCUGAGCUUGCCAUGGAACGACUCGCCAGACACGGUCGAGCAGAACCGAAGAAGUUGUCAUGGGCAGGUACAAAACGUGCUUUCUCCGGUUGGACCCUCUACUUCAUCGCUGCGCUGUACAUCGCAACUGUGCAUGCUCAAGGAGGUUAUCAAUACUUCAAUCUCUUCCUCAAGUCUCUCACAAACCCCGACGGCUCAAAGCGAUGGACCACCGAAGAAAUCAAUGUCAUCCCCAUCGCAGGCGGUGGUAUAGCCGUCGCGUUCGUCUGGAUCUGGGCCAUCCUCUCCGAUACCCUCCGCACCCGCUGGACUUUAAUCAUCACUCAAUCGCUCAUCGGUCUCAUCCCAGCUAUAACAAUGACCCUCUGGACUUCCAACCCCUCCAGCGUUCCCGUCUCCGCCGCCUAUGCUGCAUACUUCAUCUCCUACCUCUCCCUGGGCACCGCACCCUUGAUUUUCUCCUGGCUGUCUGAAUUAAUCCCUCAAGACCCUGAAGCCAGAUCUCUGAUCGUGGGAACCAGUGUAGCGGGCUAUUAUGCCGUUUCCGCAUGGUCGGGAAUAUUGAUCUGGCCGGCCAGCGAGGCGCCUUAUUAUAGAUGUGGAUGGCAGACUGCGUUGAGUUUGUGGCUGGUGGUUAUUGCCAUGACUUGCGUGUUGAGGUUUGUGGAUGUGAGGUAUUUGAUGCCGAAGAGGAAGCUGUUUGUUGCGGAGGUUUUGCAUGGAGAUGCUGUGCAGGAGAGCGAAAUUGCUCCUGAGCAUGAUGACGAUAGGGAUGUGGACAGUUUGAAGGGCAAAGAUGUUGGUGUUGCGGUUAGUAGAGUCUGAGUCC